UGCCUGGCGCCAUCGAUGCGCUCGGCACUCUCUCGCCUCUGCCUGCCCGCCUCCCUCCGGGAAGCCUCUGCGCUCAAAACCUCGGCCCUGAGGCCUCAGCUCGGCUGUUGGAGGCUGAGUUUAAAGAUGGGCCGUCGCUCCUCGGACACGGAAGAAGAGAACAGAAGCAGAAGGAAGAAGAAGCACCGCAGGCGUUCGUCUUCAAGCAGCUCCUCAGACAGCAGGACGUACAGCCGUAAAAAGUCUGGGAGGAAAUCGAGGUCGAGGUCACGCUCCCGAGAUGUCCAGUCACGUUCACAUUCAUAUGAGAAAAGGCGCAGGCACAGAUCCAGCAGUAGCUCUUCAUAUGGUUCUAGAAGGAAACGCAGUCGCAGCCGAUCAAGGGGCAGAGGAAAAUCCUACAGAUCUCAAAGAUCGAGGUCAAAAAGUAGAACGAGAAGAUCGCGCUCAAGACCUCGACAGCGUUCUUACAGUCGGAGCAGUGAAAGAUCCAGUCAUAGGAGGACUCACAGUGGGUCUCGUGAAAGAGAGCGGCGUAAAGGCAGAGAGAAAGAAAAAGUGAAAGAGAAAGGCAAAGGCAAAGAGAAGGAGAUGAGUGGCACGAAGCUGGGGGAUGCUGGAAACAUCAAAGCUGGAUUAGAACAUCUGACUCCUGCAGAGCAGGCCAAGGCUCGAUUGCAGCUGGUGCUGGAGGCGGCGGCUAAAGCAGAUGAAGCUUUGAAGGCUAAAGAGAGAUGUGAAGAAGAAGCGAAGAAAAGGAAGGAAGAAGACCAAGCCACCCUGGUAGAGCAAGUGAAACGAGUGAAAGAAAUUGAAGCUAUUGAAAGUGACUCCUUUGUUCCACAGACAUUCAGAUCAAGUAAAGAAGUCAAAAAGUCAGUAGAGCCUCCCGAACUAAAAUACGAACCUGUAACUAUAGGAGCAGGAUCUGUCGAAGCAUCUGCCCCUGAAAAAGAAACAGUACCUGCCAAUAUUCCUACUGCCAUCAAAUACCAGGAUGAUAAUUCUUUAGCGCAUCCAAAUCUGUUUAUUGAGAAGGCAGAAGCAGAAGAGAAGUGGUUCCAGAGGCUGAUUGCUCUGCGGCAGGAAAGGCUGAUGGGCAGUCCGGUGGCCUGAGCAAACUGCUGCAACCGUUGCGUAUGAGUUCUCUGUGAGCGCUGUGAAAUCCCACCGUUAAAUCGUUUUAUUUUUCUCUUUUGAGAGGAUUUUAAUAGUCAUAGGAGUUGUACAGAGAAUAAAUAUUUCGUCUGAAUACACAAGAAUAUUCCAUCCUGCGUUUUUUCCCUAGCUCAUUGCUGUGUUACGUGGGUUGCUGAGAAGGGAGGGCUAUGAUAGCGGUGUAAUUUGCUUUUUUUUAAUACUGGAUUCCCCUUGGGUGCAGACUUGACAGCCCAAGGAGACGUAAUUUUAUACUUCCCAAUCCCCCAAAAAUAUAUAACCAUGUAGCAGUUUAAAGAUAAAUGAAAAAAAAUAAGACUGUCAAAGAAAGUUCAGAUUUACCAAUGCUCAGACAGUUGGAGUACAAAUGAUACCACCCUGGGCCAUUAGAUCUUCUGCAGCUGAAGAAGGAUUCAGGGCAAAUUAUAUUGCUGUUAUCUCUUCUUCCUUCCACUCAGCGUUGCGGGAGCAGUGUUUGAAUCCUGAACAUCUGUGGGCAGUCUCAUUGCCAAGGGGCCUCCUGAAUUGAUGCUCUCGCCCGCCUGCCUCUCACCUCCUACCUCGCUUUUGGUGGUCUUGAGUGGAAAGAAAUGCUGUUUCAAAUUUUCUUGAGUGUCUACCCACUGCUGUCAGCAUCUUGGAGUUUAUUUAAGGAAAAACGAUGUUAUUCUUUUAAAUAAACAUGUUACAAUUUCUGCAGUUUUCAAUAGCUGUGUUUCCUAUGCAAUUUUAAGCAUAUUAAAAUGAUUGAUAAGCAGCAAAAGACAGUUUUCUCUGCAUUCUUAAUGGGAAAUAAUAUAAAGAUUUUGUCUAUUGAUGCAGACCUUUGUCGAGAAGAAUAAUGGCAUGCUGAGAGACUGUUCUCAGUGUCUGAAGUUUCCAUUUGUCCAAGUGUGUCUUCAAAAUAAUGAAAGAUUAGUCAAAUUUGACCGUAUCACAUAAAUAUAUUUACAAUAUAUUUACAAAAAAAGUCUGUCCAUCAUCUAACUCAAUACGAGGGAUAAAUAAAAUAUGAACGUAUUUAUUUUGAGGUGUCUAGCAGAUCUGUGAAAAAAAAAAACUAUUAUAUUGGUAGGAGACUAAACUAAGCCUGCAACUUCUGGACAUAAAUAUCUCAUGGGAAAUUACCUACAUCAGCUCUCCUUUGUGAAUGAAGAAAUUAAUAAGAUUUGUGUUUGGUUGUGGUUGGUUUUUUUUUGAGUUUACUAUUCCUAAUUGGAGGGAGGAAGAUUCUGGAAAUGUACUUCGAUCAUCUUAUUUUUAUUUAGAUCAUUGAUGUAAUGGAAAAAUGUAUUACAUUUGCAUUUAGCACAUUUUCAGUUUUUCAUUAUGAAUGGUGUGGGUUUUACUUGAUCCCACAUUACAAGGGCUAUCUGUCUGCAAGAAAAAUUAGGGAAUAAAAAGUUUCCCUUGUUUCA